GCGCAGAGCAGCAGGAAGCCCACCCGGAGUGGGCUGUGCAGGGGUGCCGUGCAUGCGAAGGUGCAGGGCCUUCCUGCCAGGAUGCGGGGGUGGGUGGGUACACUGACCGCAGACACGCGGCCCCACCCGGGAGAUGACAGGAAGGUGCCUCUGCACCGCGGGAGGUCUGGACCACCAGCUCCACUGUCUACAGAAAGACCACUGCUUCUCUGGGGUGUCAACAGAAGUGGCUGCUGGCACCCACUUCCUCCCCCAGGAAUCUCCCAGGCAGCCCCGGUCUGGGCCGGCACAGGCGGUGGGGAGUCCCACGCGCUGUCAGUGUCAUCAGCCCGCCCACUGCCUGCUAGCGUUAAGGACGGGUGCGGUCAGGACAGUGUAGGGGCCCAGCUCACCCAGGCCUGCUUCCCUACCAGCCCUUCGGCAGCACCUGUCGAGGCGUCAGCAGCUCAGGAGGGAACCAGUGAGUCAGCCCCGGGAUCAUGAAUAACAGUAACUGCAGCUCCUGGGAGCCCCCAGCGGUCAAUCAAGUCUUUCUCACCUACACGAGCGGGCUCCUGGUGCUUGGCCUGCUGCUCAACGGCCUGGCGCUCUGGGUGCUGUGCUGGCGCCUGCCGCGGUGGACGGAGACCCGCAUCUACAUGGCCAACCUGGCUGUGGCCGACCUCUGCCUGCUCUGCGCCCUGCCCUUCUUCCUGCACUUCCGGAAGACCUCCGAGGACACACCGCUCUGCCAGCUCUCCCAGGCCGCCUACCUGCUUAACAGGUACAUGAGCAUCAGCCUGGUCAUGGCCAUCUCCGUGGACCGCUACGUGGCCGUGCGGCACCCCCUGCGCGCCCGCGGGCUCCGCUCCCCGGGCCAGGCCGCGGCCCUGUGCGCCGUGCUCUGGGCGGUGGUCCUCGGCUCCCUGGCGCUCCGCUGGUUCCUGGAUGUGCAGGACGGUGGCUUCUGCUUCGCCGUCCGCUCCGGGCGGAACACCUACACCGAGGUCUUCUCACUGCUGGGCUUCUACCUGCCGCUGGCCGUGCUGGUCUUCUGCUCUCUGCAGGUGGUGACCGCCCUGAUUCAGAGGCCCGAGGCUAACCCGGGCCAGGCGGAAGCCACGCGGAAAGCCUCUCACAUGGUCCUGGCAAACCUGGUUAUCUUUGUGGUCUGCUUCCUGCCCUUCCACGUGGUGCUGACCACGCGUGUGGCCCUGGGCCUGGAGACCUGUGCCAUUAAGAUGGCCAUCAAGAUCACUAGCAGACUCUCAGACGCCAACUGCUGCCUGGACGCCAUCUGCUACUACUUCGUGGCCAAGGAGUUCCAGGAGGCAUCUGUGUCAAUCACAUCCCCUAGAGUCAAGGCCCACAAGACCAAGGACACUCUGACUGUGACCCUGACCUAGGAGAUGAGCCAUGGGCCCCCCUGCUGGGGGGACCAGUGACCAGAGACAAGGAGCCCCACGAUCUGCCCUGAACUCGCUGUGGGCCGUGGGCUGGGGGCACUCUCAGGAGGCUCAACUCAGCAGGACAACCUGGGCAUGGAGCCUGGGGAGGCAACACCCCCACCCCUGGGGCAGAAGCGGAACAAGGAUGAGGACAGGAGGCCUGGGGCCUGAGCGGGGCCAAGCCCAGGGACCCUGCUGCAUCCAGAGCUUGGCACACUUGGGGCACCGGGAGGUGGGUGUCUGCCGGGUGCCUGAGGCUCUGAUUGCCAGCCUUCUGCUACUGCCCUACAGGGGCCAGAAUAAAGCUCUCCACUGGGGCUCUGUGCCACCCACGGCCGCAUAGUGGGA